AUUUUGCGUGGCGUGUGUCAAAGAAAAGUUAAUAACCAACUUUUGGAAAUUAUUCAUAUGGAUAUUUGUAGUCCUUUUCCUAAGAAAACCAUUGAAGGAAACAAGUAUUUUAUCAUAUUCAUAGAUGAUUUUUAUAGGUUUUGUUAUGUAUACAUAAUUUUGGAAAAAUCCAUGGCACUUGAAGUUUUUGAAAACCAAUUGGAAAGGCAAGAAAGAUUGUAAGGCAGAGAAGAACAAAGACGUUACUUGAUAUGGUGAAAAGUAUGAUAUAUAUUUAAUUUAGUGGGUUUUGGGUUUUGGUUGCUUCCUAAGCUUUCAGUAAAGGUGGAAGGAAGCGAGUGACCAAGUGAUCAGAGAUUCCCCCACUGCGACUUCGUCGUCGCUUAUCUCUAUAAAAUCGUCUCUUUGCGAGCUGGGUGGGUGUAGUUCGUGUCAGCUGAUUCCUGCAAGGUGGAAGAAAACCCAGAAACGCAAAAACCCAAAUCUUAUCUCAUCGAUCAGUGACGGAGAGCAGCUGAAACGCGGCCACCGGCGAGAUAUGGAGGUCGUUUUGGAGAAGAAAGACGCUGGUGAUUGGGCUUACAGAGGCGAAGGGGCUGCUAAUCUUGUUCUCGCUUACACCGGAUCCUCCCCCACUUUUAUUGGUAAAGUAAUGCUGCAGAAAGCUCGAAUUAAUGGGUCAAAGGCCUCGAACAGUCCCACGGCAUUAACCGCACACGAACUUCUUUUGUGGAAAGACAUGGACGACAUUGUAGCUACCUCUAACAAAGAACUUGCCAGCCAACUCUAUGUGAAGCACAUCAUGAGCCCUUUAUUGGGUUCUGCGUACGUUGAUGCUGGGAUGCGUGUCCCUGUUUCCAGGGAAUUCUUGGAGUCAGUUGAGAAGAACGUUAUUAGUCAGCGUCCUGCUUCUCGAGUUGAUGCCACUAAAGUUGGCACACAAAGUGAUACUGUGCUUCUCAUGUCUGAUCAUUCUCUUUUUUCUCGUGUUACUCAAGAAGUUGAACCCUCUAUAUCUGUAGAGAUAAAGCCAAAAUGUGGAUUUCUCCCAUCUUCAAGGUUCAUUGAUGAAGGAAAUUCCAUUAAACGAAGCAUUACUCGUUUUAGGAUGCACCAAGCCCUGAAAUUUCAUGAUGGAGAGAUAUCAGAAUAUAGUGAAUAUGAUCCACUCGAUCUAUUCUCUGGAUCCAAGGACAGGAUACAUAAGGCAAUCAAGGAUCUCUUCUCAACCCCACAGAAUAACUUCCGUGUAUUCUUGAAUGGUUCUCUAAUAUUUGGGGGCUUAGGCGGUGGUGCACACAGCACCAAUUUGGCAAUUGGGGGAGCAUUUGAAGAUGCACUUAAGGGUGUCAUUCAGGGAGGUGAUGGCUUGCGCACAAAGAGUUUUUUACAGCUUAUUGCUGAAACAGUUCAUAAAUCUGGAGUGUUGGAUCGGCUCCUUGAGGUCCAGAAACUUGAUAAUCUUGACAUCGAUGGAGCUAUCCAUGCGUAUUAUGACAUAAUUUCUGAGCCUUGCAUGGUAUGCAGAGAAUUGGGUAAAGAAGAAGUGUCACAGAAAUAUUUGUCAUUGCAUUCCAUGUCUUUGGAUGAAAGCUUGAAGAUUGUGAAGGACUUCUUGAUUGCUACUAGUGCAAAGGACUGCAGUUUGAUGAUUAGUUUUAGACCAAGGAAAGAUGGGAAUCCAGAAUCUCCUUAUAAUAACUUGCAUCUAGAAUCAACCAACCAAUCUUUUGAUUACAAGGUGAAUUUCAUUGACCUGGAUUUGAAACAUUUGGGGAAGAUGGAAGAAUAUUAUGAGUUGGACAAAAAGAUUGUAAGCUGCUACAAUCAAAUGGUAGAAACUGAGGAGAGACAAAAGAAAACUACAAGCACAGUGGCUCUUAAAACCGCCAAUUGAGAUUAGUUACAAUGCCAUGGAGGAUACUUUACUUAAAGAUUAUGAAUAUAUUCUUUGAUAUCCUACAGUUGUGAACAAUGGAACCAAACUAAUUUAUCUCGAAUAUAAACCGUGGGUUUGCUAAAUCAUGAGCUGAACAAUGAGCUCCUCGGCAGCCUAUAGAAAACUGUGGUGUCAGUGGAACUGAUGUGUCCAAAGUGCAGGAAAAAGGUGAUGAAGUUAAUUGCAACCGUAGAAGGGGUAGCUUCCAUUGUCCUCGACCCGUCAAAAAAUACGGUGACGGUAACUGGGGAAGCCGAUCCGGUAAAGAUUAUCAAGAAGGUGAGGAAAUUAAGAAAAAAUGCUGCGGUUGUGAGUAUCGGUCCUCCGCAGGCUGAGAAGAAGGAUGAGAAGAAGGAUGGGAAGAAGGACGAGAAGAAGGACAUUGUUCCAUACAACCCAACGCCAUGUCAAAGAUGUGAUGUUUGGUACGUGAUUCCUGAACAUGGUUACGGUUACUGUUCCGUAAUGUAAUUACUGUUCCGUGUUGUGCCAUUAAAUAUUACUAAUAAUAUUUGUAUUAAUUUCAUGUUAAUACAAAUGUUAAUUUGGUAUUCGGAAUAGUUUAUGCGGAAGAUUGUUGCUUAA